CUUUCUCCCUGCCUGCAGGACACAGCGUGUUCGAGGCAGAUACAGCACCGGACACAGAACAGCUCUGUUAUCAGAAGCAUGGAAAGAGGAGUUGAAAGAUCUGUCUGCAAAAGUCAGCGUUUCAACACAGGACAAAAAGGACAUGAAAGAUGAGAAUGAAGAGGAGGGUCGAGGACUGAUCCGGAGGAAGACCCAGUACUCUGCCAAGACAGGGAGGAUCAUCCCUCCCUCCUCCCAGGCUUAUCAGCGUAGCCACCAGGCUCAGACCCACCGUCACCCCCCUGCCUCGGCUCUACAUCAGCAGGAACUUAUGGUGCUGGAGCUGCUGUGUCAAAUCCUUCAGACUGACUCCUUAUCAUUGGUCCAGCAGUGGCUGCUGCUCGCGGGCCAGAGGGAGAAGGACAUGGUGAUGGGGUUGAUUCAACAGGCCAUGAAGGACAGUGUCUUCCUAAGGCAGCAGAAUAUGACUGAGUGCGAGGUACCCAGAUGCCAUCCACGCACCUCUCUGUCCGUACUUACUAGCUGUGGACAUGCAAAACUAAGACUUCAUACAAG